AUGAUAACAAACCCCCCAGCUUGCAGGAAUAAGAAACUGGACAAAACAUCUAUGUUCAAGAUGUUUAAGAGUGAUGUUGCUGACCAGCAGUUUAGCCUGGAAACUGCAAUUAAAAAUAUUGAUAAAAUGUCCAGUGAGUUGAAGAAACUAAAUGUGAAAAGCCAACUGCUGCUCUGUGACCUUACUUUGAACUUCAGUCAUCCGGUGAAGACCACAGUUUCAAGGGAGAUAGAAGAAAAGAAAACAGAUUUUGAGGAAUUACAUAAUUCCAUCAAGUUCCAUGCUGAUGCUUCCAUUAACAAUUCUUCUCUUUGA